AUGGCCGUCUCCACGGCAGACCAUUCGGCGACAGCCGUGGGUAUCUACAUGGAGAAUGGCAGUGGUGGGAUGGUGUCCGAUCUGACCUUUACAGGCGGAAAUAUAGGUUUCCUCGCUGGUAGUCAGCAGUUUACCGCCAUCAACCUCCAGUUCACUUCCUGUCUGACGGCCAUCAAGUCCAUCUGGAAUUGGGGCUUCACUUGGAAGAACAUCUACGUUCUGUCAUGCUAUAUCGCUAUCGACGCUACCGAGUAUUCGGGGGUGGGCAAUCAGGGAACGGGCUCCAUCGCGGUGGUGGAUUCCCACUUCAAUGGGGUCCCGUAUGCCAUCACCAUUGCCCACACGGCAGAUGAGCAGCCGAACAUUGUCCUUGAUAAUUUGCUCAUCGAGAACCCGGCAUCCGUUGUCCUCAUCUCCGGCGGAGAGACUAUCCUGCCUGGCUCAACCGGCGCGCUCUACUUCAACUCCUGGGUCAGUGGGUAUCGGUUUCUGCCCGAUGGUUCCGCAGGUAAAUCAAAUGGGUUUAUUAAUCCCGCGCCAAUCAAACCAUCUCUGUUGGUGGACGGCUCCGGCGCCUUUUUCCGCAAGCCAAAGCCGCAGUAUGUGGGCGAGACUCCUGUCGUGGCCACCGACGGCACAGGAGACCAGGCCAUGGCCAUUAGUGAACUCCUAUCAAGCUACCGGGCAUCUGUCAUUUUCUUUCCCGCUGGGGUAUACUUGGUCGAAAGCACCGUCCAUAUUCCCGUCGGGAGCAAGAUUAUUGGCUCCGGUUGGAGUCAGAUUAUGGGGACUGGAUCCGCAUUCGAGGACGAGAGUAAACCCAACGUCGUGGUCCGGGUGGGUCAGAAGGGGGACCAGGGAGUGGUAGAGAUUACGGAUAUGCUCUUCACCGUCAAGGGAGCCACGGCCGGUGCAGCCCUGAUGGAAUGGAAUGUCCACGGGAGUAACCAAGGCAGCGCCGCUAUGUGGGACAGUCGCUUCCGCGUCGGUGGCGCCAACGGCAGCAAUCUGGGUCUUGCCAAUUGUCCCAUCGGAGGGGACGCGGUGAACAAAAAGUGCAUGGGUGCCUCGAUGUUGAUGCACAUUACCAGCGAUGCGUCAGGCUACUUUGAAAAUGUUGGGCUCUACGUUGGACGGGGCAUACUUAUCGAGUCUCAGGGGCCAACGUGGCUCUACGGCACGGCCAGCGAGCAUGCACAAAUGUACCAGUACCAGCUUUUGAAUGCAGCAAAUAUCUACAUGGGUCAUAUGCAGACAGAGACACCGUACUACCAGCCCAAGCCUAAUGCCCUCUCGCCCUACACGGCGAAUAACUUUCCCUCAGAUCCAACUUACCUGGACUGCUCGGAUGACUUCUGUCGGGGCGCCUGCGUAUCCGACGAGCACUGCCAGCAGUCCCUCAUCCAGACCAAUUAUGCAAAGGGACUGUGGAUAUACAACAUCUUCACCAAAGGCAACGUGGAGAUCGUGUCGCCUGAGGGAGGUCUGCCCGCAUUACUAUUCAACGCCACAACGCGGAAUGGAUUCACCAGCGAGAUUGCGGCGUGGCUGUCCCUGUCAACCGGUGGUGGAGACAUUGGAUCUGACGGCGAUGACUCGGGAGCGGUUUAUAUUGAUCCCGUUAUAUGGAGUGAACCAGACGAUGGCAGGAAUAUCUCCUGCUACCCGCCGUGCACCUACAUAUUGCCUCCCACAACGCUGCCAACUCCAACAACGUUUGUGUAUCCGACUCUGGUAACUGACAUUCGUGUUGGCUAUGAGGUGCCCACAGCCUACGUUUACCUGGGGAAUACUACCACCACGACCACGUACAUUAUGAGCACUACGAUGACCACUCGCGAUUCCGGAUGUCGUGACCCCUUCAUCAUACCAAUUCCGAGCAUCAUUCAGGGUGCCUUCAACAUUACCUGGUCGCCUCUGGUACGUAAUUCCACUACCUACCCCGGGACUGUCGUGCCUUUCUAUCCACCCCCGUGGACACCGGAGCCGCCGAGCUCGACUCCGAGCCCGACGUCAACGUCAACGUCAACUACCACGACUGGCGGAGGGUCAAAGACGACUGGGAGCCAUGACCUUGAUUACCCUCAUGUGACGCAUCACAGAGGCCCACCCAAGCGGCCAAGCCGAAAUGCACUGACCGCAAGAUCUGUGGCGGCGGGUGUCAUAAGGGCCUUGGUGGACUCCUUAACAGAGUCUUUCACGUGUGUAAACCUUGCUGGACGGACUGUGGGGGGUUUGGACUCUCCAAAUGACUUCCCGAAUGACCCGAACGAUACACCGGAUGAUGAUGACCCCAAUGAUGAUCCAUCAAGCUCUAUGUCUGAAUGCUCAACUGCAACCUAUAGCUCCUGCAGCACGGCAUGUAUCACAGCAUCCUCCACUAACAUCAUGGGCUGCGACACAACCGGCACUUCAAUAGUCAGCACCUAUACCCUACCACCCAUCCUGGUAUGCACCGUCGAGACCUGGUCCGAUGCGGGUUACACGGCCAGCGACGUAGCCGCUGACUGGGCUGCAGGCUCCUCAAUCUACAGCUCUGUGCACUUUGGCUCCACCUCCGGACCAAUCACUAGCGGCCCCGGUCCAACAUCCGCCGGCGGCGGUGGCGGCGGCAGUGGCACCGUUACGACAAUCACAAAGGUGGUGAUCGAGACAGAGACACUAACUACCACAUACGCUGCGAGCCUAGGCGUGGUAGGAAUGGCAGCCGCCUGGCAAUUAGGGUAUCGCAACUUCCCAGUCAGCGACUACGACCUCGACUUCUACAGCGUCUCGGAGACGCGCAAUAUCUGCGAAAGGAAAUUCUCGACGGAGUACGGGGCUGCUUCGCCGCGACCGAAGACAUGGUCAGAUAUUCCGCAGAGCGUCACGUUCUUCUCGAUCCUGGAUGUGCUAUCGACAAAGUAUACGAACUGUAUCUAUACGAAUGCCGCCGCGCCCAGCCCAGGAGAUGGUGGGACGGUCAGGUGUGAUGGUCUGACAUUUUGCCGUGUUAUAUUAAGACGGGACCGCCCAUGGGGUGUAAUCCAGAUAUGCUGGCUGGGUGGCUGA